AUACUUACAAACUUUCGCCUUUAAAAUAGUAGUAGGAUUAAACAUCCAUAAUGAUAAUUUCAAACACUUAGCUUUUGGGGUCGUCUUUUUUGUUCAAGAAACAUUUGAUAUCUAUUAUACGCCAUUAUUAUAAAAUAAUAUAUAUUUAAAUGUAAAUUUCUUGGUUUCAGCUUGGGUGCUGGGCUGGCUCAUGUGUAAGACCGUGCCUUACGUGCAGGGGCUCUCCGUCGCCGCCUCAGUUUACAGCCUGGUCGCAGUUUCACUAGACAGAUUCUUGGCCAUUUGGUGGCCCCUGAAAUGCCAGAUCACCAAGCGCCGCGCACGCAUGAUGAUAGUAUUUAUCUGGAUCUUCGCCAUCAGCGUCACCACUCCCUGGGUGUUCUUCUUCGACCUCGUCGUAGUGUUCGAGGACAACCCUCAUGUACGACUAUGCCUAGACGUCUGGCCAAACCCCAUCAGCGAAGUCCUGUACUUCGUGAUUGGAAACCUCAUCUUCUGCUACAUACUACCAAUGGUCCUGAUAACCAUGUGCUACAUUCUUAUAUGGAUCAAAGUCUGGAGAAGAUCUAUCCCGACUGACACCCAAGACGCUCAAAUGGAAAGGAUGCAACAAAAGUCCAAAGUCAAAGUCGUCAAGAUGUUGGUUGCUGUUGUCAUUUUGUUCGUCCUGUCCUGGUUCCCGCUAUACCUUAUAUUUGCGAGGAUCAAACUUGGUGGACCAAUCCAAAAAUGGGAAGAAGAAAUGUUUCCAGUCGUCACUCCUCUAGCCCAAUGGCUGGGGGCUUCUAACUCUUGCAUCAAUCCUAUUUUGUAUGCCUUCUUUAAUAAGAAGUACAGAAAGGGUUUCGUUGCAAUCAUUAAGAGCAGGAAAUGCUGUGGACGAUUGCGCUACUAUGAGACCAUUGCUCUGCAGUCAUCAAGUACUUCGACGAGAAAGUCUUGGCAUUACAACAACAACAACCAUCCGUCGAUCACUCGACGGUCUCCUCCCGUUGAUAAGAACGCCGUGUCGUUCAUAUUUAACCACACGGGAGUGUAAGCGGCUCGGAGGUACGUAAUGGAUUUUGAAUGAGAGCCAUGGUCGGCUUUACGUCGCGCACUCGGGCCGCGAGUGGCCACUGAUCUCUGAUCUAGACGCGUCUCAGCAUAUCGACACAAUACGACAUUUUCUAUUGAACGUUUUUAUUUUAACAGUUUGGUGUUGUCUUGUGCGAGAACAGUUUUACGACCUUCAAACUAGCAUAGAUAAUAUAAGUGAACAUAAUCAGUGUUUUUAAUAAUGCUAGUAGUUUAAUAACUUGUAAUUUUUAUA